AAGCCGACAAAUUAACAGAAGUCACAGAACGGCACAAAUCCGUCCAAGACAAAUGCCUCGAACAUAUGGCAGACAAUGGUCAAGACAGUACGGGAUGUUGAUAUGCAAAGGGUGACAAACACCAAGGAGGACAUUGACACCCUCCUUGUCUUUGCCGGUCUAUUCUCGGCCGUGGUCACGGGCUUUGUUGUUACGACAUAUCCCAACCUUCAACCCGACGACAGCGACGAGAUCGUCUUCCUCCUACGUCAGUCCCUCGCGCAAAACUACACCGUCAGCGACGGGGUUCUGCGCCCGAUGGCACCCUUUCCCUCCGAUCCGCCGUUCGAAGCUCCCCUGUGGGCUAUACGCGUCAACGGCCUCUGGUUCGCGAGCCUUAUCGUCAGCCUUUCCACCGCCUCGUUUGGCAUGCUCGUAAAGCAGUGG